GCUUGGCAUCAGACUGGUGUGUGUGCCGACCUUGUUCCAGCGACGAGCUACCCGAAAGCCAGCUGUUUGCAGCGAAUACAUUUCUGGCGUAAAAAAAAAAAAAAAAAAAGCCGCCCGGUCCGGCACGCAUUUUUUUUUUUUACCCCCUCUUUCAGGCGGUAGUGGUGGUGGUAGCCGUGUAUUUUCACCGUCAAAAUGAGUCACGGUGCGAUGGGGUGCUGCCCUGCUAUCGCUAGCUAGGCGGACAAAUUCCUUCAACCCAGCUCGCUGUUUGAAUCACUGCGGGUUGACACAGCACUAGCCGAGGCGUCGUUAAGCGAGCUAGCAGGGGCUAAUAGCAGGGCAGCGCUCGUAGCCGUUACGUGUUAUUUAGCCAACGGUUGCUAAUGUAGUUGCUAAGGUGAACGGACGCAUUGCUGCGGCGGGGACGGUGCACUAACGGUUAUCAGGCGAACGUUAGCGUACGAGCCAGGACUACUACUAGCGGUGAACGAGCUAGCUAACGUCGGCGAGCCUGCACUGCUAUCAACUGUUAACGGGUUUUUUUUUUUUUUAACCACUUUUUGACGGGAUUGUGAAAAGAUAGGGGUUGGACCACAGUGACAGGCGAACAUAUAGAAUUGGAAGUGACAAGAGAGGGGUUAAUGCUAUAAAGGCAGGUAUUAAGUGGCUAAUCUGUUGCGGUAAUUUUUUUUUUAAGCAUCUCGGGGAAGGCCCCACCGUCUCCUCCACUCCCUCCCCCUGUCCGAUUCUCCCGUGAUUUGCCGAGAACACCCGGGUGAAGUCGCAGUUGCUCUCGGCUGGGGGGACAACUUGACAGCGAGGCCCCUAGCUAGUCUCCCCUCCCCCAGUCCCGUCCAUCCAUCCAUCCAUCCGUCCGUCCAGCCCGACAGACCACCUCAUCGCCCAAGAUCGAGGCGAGCACCGGGGAUUCGGGAGAAGCCGAAACCGUGGGCAAGUGUUUGCAGGGUCCCGUCUAAACUGGGCUGCCAAAACCAGAGGGGAUGACUCUGGAGUCCAUGAUGGCUUGCUGCCUGAGCGAAGAGGCGAAGGAGUCGAAACGAAUCAAUGCAGAAAUUGACAAACAACUCCGCCGAGACAAGCGAGACUCCAGGAGAGAGCUGAAAUUACUUCUUCUCGGUACGGGAGAAAGUGGCAAGAGCACCUUCAUCAAGCAGAUGAGGAUCAUUCAUGGCGCUGGGUACUCAGACGAAGAUAAGAGAGGCUUCAUCCGACUUGUUUACCAAAACAUCUUCACCUCCAUGCAGUCCAUGAUCCGCGCCACCGAGACCCUUAAGAUCCCCUACAAAUUUGAACAGAAUCGGUCUAAUGCCAUGCUUGUGAAGGAGGUGGACAUCGAGAAGAUCAAUGGGUUUGACCAACCUUACAUCACAGCUAUCAAAUGCCUGUGGUCCGACCCAGGGAUCCAGGAGGCCUAUGACCGCCGCAGAGAGUACCAGCUCUCUGACUCCACUAAAUAUUACCUUAGCGAUAUAGACCGUGUGACUGCAGAGGGAUACGUUCCCACCCAGCAGGAUGUGCUGAGGGUCCGUGUUCCCACCACGGGUAUAAUAGAGUACCCGUUUGACCUGGAGAACGUCAUCUUCAGGAUGGUGGAUGUAGGGGGUCAGAGGUCCGAGAGGAGGAAGUGGAUUCACUGCUUUGAGAAUGUCACCUCCAUUAUGUUUCUCGUGGCGCUGAGUGAGUACGACCAGGUCCUGGUGGAGUCAGACAACGAGAAUCGUAUGGAGGAGAGUAAAGCUCUAUUCCGGACCAUCAUUACCUACCCCUGGUUUCAGAACUCCUCCGUCAUCCUCUUCCUCAACAAGAAGGACCUGCUAGAGGAGAAGAUCUCCUACUCACACUUGGUGGACUAUUUCCCUGAGUUUGAUGGUCCCCAGAGAGAUGCACAGGCAGCGCGGGAGUUCAUCCUCAAGAUGUUUGUGGACUUAAACCCAGACAGCGACAAGAUCAUCUACUCUCACUUCACUUGUGCCACGGACACUGAGAACAUCCGCUUUGUGUUUGCAGCUGUCAAAGACACCAUCCUACAGCUCAAUCUCAAAGAGUACAAUCUGGUGUGAGGGCUCAUGUACGACGCACAUCUCCUCCCCAUUGCACAAAUGCACAUCUCCUUUGGGAGUGUGCACUCAACUCCACAUGCAUUACACAGCACACCAUGCCGGCUCUCUCUCUCUCACUCACACACACACACACACAGCACACACACACACACACACACACACACACACACACACACUCCAACAGAACUCUUCCUUAUUUUUCCAGUACAGUACAUUCACCAAUGCUCCCACCUGCAAACGCCGCCCCUCUUCUUUUCACCAAAGCUCGCCCUCUCUUCCUCCUUCGCUCGGCAGCUUGUUGUGUCAGAGUCCUCGCUCCUCCCAAAGCUGCUCCGUGUGUCAGAUUUGGCCCCCGGCUGCUGGCUUUGGCACAUUUCAUCUGGCACACAAACCUUUCACACGGGCUGUACAGUGACUGAAGGGGACUUUGGUGUGUGUGUGUGUUUCUUUGUUUGUGUGUUUGUUUGUUUGUGUGUGUGAGUGUGUGUGUGUGUGUGUAUUUGGGGCAGCAUUGACUAGCGAGGAGCUGUGUUUUGGUGAAUAGCGGCAGCAAACCCCUUUUGGCCCUCUGGAGUUGACCCUCAGCGGUGUGAGAUCAGAUCCCCUGUCGUGUCCUCUCUGAGCUCCAGUCGGUGUGGAAGGAAGUGAAUACUGUAUCUCCUCAAACCAACCAAGGACCCAGCGAGCGGCAUCGUGCUUCUUGGGACAGAGUGAUUCAGACAGGAAGUGAGGCUGCACACCGGACACAAGGGGACAGGGCCGAGGGUUCUGUCUCCACCUCGCAUCUAUGAAUGUACCCACUAGUGUGAACAUCGCAAUCGCAAAAAAAAAAAAAGAAAUAUAUAUUAUGAAGUAAAUGCAUUAUGUAAACACACUUAAGACAAAAAGCACGAGAGGGCAAGACAUAGCGAAUCAAAAUCUGUUCAUUGCUGAGAUUUUUUAAAUGUUUUUAAUGAUAGACAUUUGUUGCUACGUCUACUUCUAUUUAACAAAUACUGGCUAAAAGGAAUGGUGAUAAGAAGUGGUAAGAAAAUCUAUAAAAACUUUUAAACUUUCAAAACAAAGACAUCUAAAAAGAAACAACCAGAAAUGUACUUGACAAGUUUUAAGUAUCCUUUAAAGAUUUCUGUGGGAUUAGUGUUUUAUGUUUAAGUUAAUCACAUUGCUUCCCUCCUCCAGAUGUUUUUCUGUAUGGAUUCACAGGGACAAUCUUCCGUGUGACUUAACAGCAUCUGGCUCCACCAAUAACACCCCCACACCCUAAUUACAAAACACUAGCAGCGGGUAAGAGGACCCUGCUUUUUCUCCCCCCAGCACAGGCUCUGAUUGGUGGAAGCAGAUGUGGAGGGGAGUGUGAUGUCAUCAGUGUUUAUCAGCCCACAGAGCACAGCUGCAGCUCAUGCUGCAAGUAGCUUAUUCAACAAAAUAAAAGCUGUAAAUUAAACACGCCCACACCCCGGGGUGUGAAUGGAAUCCAUGCGGUAACAUCUCUGAUGACGUCACACCUACGUCACUCAGCCGUCCAAUCAGACACACUUCCUGACCGUGACAUAGUCAUCACAUCAGGAUGUGCAUCUGUUUACUUUUUGUUACUGUAUAGUCACUUUGUUUAUAUAAAGAUUGCUUGCUGUUGAGUGGUGAGAGGAGGGGGGGGGCUAUGAACCUUUCACAGAAAAACGCACUCUGAAGUCUGCAAAUGUUGUUUGUGUAUAUUUGUUUGUAAAUACAUAUACACAAAACACUCCUGUACAAAAAACGCUCUGUGGUACACCAUCUUUGGCAAAAAACGAACGAAAAAAAACCAACAAAAAAAUCAACUUCUUUCAUUAGCAUACAGUUUUUUCCUAUGAAUUUAUGGUAGUAGUGAUACUGUGAUUAUGGAUUUUGUUCACUUGAUUAAUAGGACUACACAGAGCUGAGUGGUGUUGAGGAAACGAUCGGCAGAAGGAGCAAUAGUCAGAGAAAAGAGGUUCCUCCCAACCAGCCUCUCGACUUCACACUACUGCAACAGCUCUGGCUCCAGAGUAUACUAACUAGGGCUGGUUUAAAAAAAAAUCUUCACAGUAUGGUGACAAGAUGAUUUUAAGAGUAAUUAAAGAUUUUUUUAUUUAUCUAAUUUAUGGACCAGGUUUGAAGGUGUUGAUAAUUUGACUGCUUUUGAUUCUGUCAUGUUGAAGUGCUCCUUUUCUCAUGGCGGAGCCUACUUGAGUCUGAACUGCUGUAAAAAACGAAUGUCUGGUAUAGUAAGGACUUUAUCUCUGCUUUCUAUUUCUCUUUGAGACAUUUCCAGUUGUACUUGCCAUCACAUCUCCAUCCAUGAUAAUACUGUUUGGUUUUCUUUAGGAGCCCUCACAUUUGAUUUUUUUUAGUUCUUUUUUUUUUCUUCUGUUUUUUUUUAAGAAAAAAAAAGAAACUAUGUAUUUCCUCUUGGUUUAUAGACGCAGCGCUGUAAUGCAUACCUAGAAAAAUGUACAGUACGAACGUAGGUGGACUUUUUUAUCAGUGAUUGAAGACCCACGCGGUCCAUGCUUGCUAUUUGUAAUUUAACACGAAAAUUCUGUUGUUGGUUUUUGCAUUGUUCAUUUCCAGUUUUUUGAGGCUUGCUUUGAUAGUGCCAGUGAAGUGCAGAUAUACUUUUUUGGUCUUUGACCUUUUCUACAGGUGACUUAUCCUUCAUCCUCAUUAAGGGCUAUCACAGUGCAUCAGGCAUCAGACAGCGGGGAGUGGAGUACACGACCACAGUGAACCCAAGUCAUCCACUACUAAUCCUUGUUUAUAAAUGGAGAUUUACUUGCAGUAUGUGCUAUGAGAAGUAUAGGCAGGGUGUUAAGGCAAACACAAGGUGUGUGUGUAGAGAGUUUACCAACACUAAGCAGUUUCCUUUAUGUGUCUGGCCCUUGUGGUGAAUUAAGUGGACCCAGUAUGUCUCUCUGGCCUUCAAAUACUACUUAUUUGUUUGCAUUGGUAUCACAGUGUUACCUGUAAUACCUCGUGCAGUAUAGAAACACUUAUCACUAAAGACACUACUACCAGAACAAGUAUUGCAUGUUUUCCCCAAGUAUUUGACUUGAAGCUGAUAGCCAAGUAAUGACCAUGCUUGUGGCUUUGCAUGUUUUAACCCAUUAACUACAAUUUUCAUACUUUGCUGUUGACCAUUUCUCCAGCUUAUACAUUGAUGUCCUACUUUACAUGCAGCUAUUGGUUUCUGUUCAUGCCAGUAAGGUCUGAAUUGUAACUUGCGGAGAGUUUAAACUUGAUUCUGAGAGUUGAUCCACAGCGCAGUAGAUUUAGUUUUCAUAUUUUCAUAUAUUGCAUUAUUGUGCCAUAGUUACAGCGGUAAUUAGUGAGCAAAUUUCCCUUGUUAUUGCAAUCAAAGAAGCUCUGUAAACACUACAUUUGAAAGCUGUGUUGUCAUAAAAUCAAACUAAGAAGACAAAUGUGAUGUCAUGUGAAGGACAAUGUAAAUUUGGUCAUUUCUUGGUGUGAGACCAGUGAUUGCCGUGGCACUAAAAAACUGAAUCAGAGAAACUUUGUAACUGAAUGAAUGUAACUGACAGAGGAAACACUAGAUUUUACAAUGACACUUAAUAUGGAUUGGUUGUGUCUGAUCAAUAUCGGUACAGAUGAAUGAUCCGGCAUGUCCAAUCGGUGCACGCUUAAGAUGAGUUUUCACCUAAAGCUAAACCUCCCAGUUGAUUUUUCUUAGAUGAACAGAAACCAAAGGCUGCCAAAAAAGAUAGAGAAUCAAUCUAAAAACGGAUGCUUCAAAAAAUGGUUAGCAGCAAUGUAAAGUUUGAACACUAAGUUAAUGGGGCUAAAAUAUAUAUAUUUUUGAAUUGCCAGUGUGGUCCUUAACUGCCAAUUUGUCUGCUGAAAGUGACACUAACCUUGUGAGCGUAAGCCGCAGACAGCCAACUGUUAGACUGCUGUCAUAAAGAGGGUCUGGAUGCCAGUAUUUAAGUGGAACAGUAUACCAGUAUGGAUACCCAAGUAUUUAUCAGUAGUUGUGUUAAGAUUUACAGUGUGUUGAGUGCAGCUCACUUCCAUGUCGUAUUAUUAGACUUGACACUACAACUCUGGCACACGGCGAAGAGGCCGACUGGCUGUCAGUGCGGGUUUGGUAGCGUGUAAGCAGCCCAGUGUUGCACAAGUGUGUGGUUUUUGACACGUUUUUAAUCUCAACAUAUAUGAGCUGGAAAGAGGGAAGGCAGUCUUGUAUGAAAAACUUAAACCUCCUCCUCAUUCUUUCAUUCUUGUCCGUUUUCGAGCGAUGACCAGUGGAAAGACUCGAUUGGUUUUUCACUACAACACUUAUUUAUUGCCUUUCAUUGCCUUGAAUAAUGAAAGAUGGUGUUGCCGGCGCCCCUUUUUUCAGGUUUUCUGAGCAUGCUUAGUGACCUUUUUUGGGUGGCCGUGGUUGCCCUUUCCUGUGGGCUUGUUGUCAGUCAGUGGAAUCAAACUUAUCUUUCGGACAUCAGCGUAGAGUCGGUGCAUAUUCAAAACUUAAAUCUUAUUCCCUUUUUGGGUUUUUUUUUGUGUUUUUCAUUUUCUGUAUAAGAAAACAUUACCAGAACACUAUUAUUUAGGACCACUUGAUUUAUUUUUUCCUCACUCCAAUGAAACCUGAAGGUCAAUUGUGUAGUGGUGUAUAAAAUGCUCUUUUUCUUUUCUUUAUUUUGUAUGUAAACCAAAUGUAAAUUAUGUAUUAUACUGAGUGUGCCAACCCCACUCUCUCUAGAGCCAGGCUCUCUCUAAGUGCCAACGCUGUGGUCAUCAUCAAAGGACCACCACCUGAGAUGGUCCCCCUUUUUAAAUAAAACACACCGGAGACUAAAAGGAUAGAUGAUUAAGUACACACAAAGACUUUAUUCUGUAUUUAAGAUUGAAGAUAUAAAAGAUAAUCUGCUGUUUUUUAAGAAACUGUAAUUAUAAUUGCAUGUGCUGUUUAUUUUGUGUUGGAAGUGAGGGCUUUGAUGUUUUCAUUGAAGCAGAGCCCUUGACGAAGGGGGUUCAAUCAGUUGGUUAUUAUCGAUUAUUGAUUUACAUAACUCUUGCCAUAUUUUUUUAUGUGUUUCAUGUAUUUGUUUCAACCACUGUUGCCUGAUCCUCAUUCAAACAUGAACAUGACUUAUGAUCAUUGCCGCCUUCUAAGAGAGAAACAUAAUGACAAGGUAUCUGUUUUAAAUUGAAAUAAAUUUGUUCCUAUACUUGC